AUGUCGACUAUGCAGAAGCUUCUCAAGAAGAUCGUCAAGAAUGACUCCAUGCAGACUGAUCCCGCCGAGAUCUACGGCUGGAGAGUCUUUGCCCUCGCCGCCUCCGCUUGUUUCGGUGCCAUGUCCUUCGGUUGGGACAGUUCCGUCAUCGGUGGUGUCGUCGUCAUGAAGCCCUUCAUGAAUGACUACGGCUUGAAGGAAGCCUCCAAGGUCGAGACCGCCAACCUUACGGGUAACAUCGUCUCUACCCUCCAAGCCGGUUGCUUGGUCGGUGCUCUUCUCGCCGCCCCCUUGACUGAUCGCUAUGGUCGCAAGUGGUGUCUCAUCUCCGUCGCCGCCGUCAUUCUCGUCGGUGUCGCUCUCCAGGCUGCUUCUCUCGGUAAACUCGCUCCCAUCUUCGUCGGUCGCUUCAUCUCCGGUCUCGGUGUCGGUGCCGCCUCCAGUAUCAACCCGCUCUACGUCUCCGAAAACGCCCCCCGUGCCAUUCGUGGUCUCCUGACCGGUAUGUACCAGCUGUUCAUCGUCACCGGUGGUAUGAUUGCCUUCUGGAUCAACUACGGUGCCGAGGUCAACCUGACUGGCAAGACCAUGUACAUCUUCCCCCUCGCCAUCCAGGGUCUUCCCAGUCUACUCCUGCUCAUCUGCAUGCUCUUCUGCAACGAAUCUCCCAGAUGGCUCGCUCGUCAGGACAGAUGGGAGGAGGCCAAGAAGAUCCUCUCCGUCCUCCGCAACCUGCCCGAGUCUCACCCCUACCUCGAGGAUGAGUUCCAGGAGAUCGUCGACCAGCUCCAGCACGAGAGACAGCUCAUCGGCGAGGCCACCUUCAUGAACCUGCAGAAGGAGAUGUGGACCAUCAAGGGUAACCGCAACCGUGCUCUGAUUUCCAUCUUCCUCAUGAUCUGCCAGCAGAUGACCGGUACCAACGCCAUCAACACCUACGCCCCUACCAUCUUCAAGAACCUCGGUGUUACCGGCCGCUCCACCCCUCUCCUGUCCACCGGUGUCUACGGUAUCGUCAAGGUCUUCUCCUGCAUUGCCUUCCUGCUCUUCAUGGCCGACUCUCUCGGUCGUCGUCGCUCGCUUCUGUGGACCUCCAUCGCCCAGGGUGUCUGCAUGUUCUACAUCGGUCUCUACGUCCGUAUCUCCCCGCCCAUCGAGGGACAGCCGGUCCCGGGUGCCGGAUACAUGGCUCUCGUCGCCAUCUUCCUGUUCGCCGCCUUCUUCCAGUUCGGUUGGGGUCCCGCCUGCUGGAUUUACGCCUCUGAAAUUCCCACCGCUCGUCUCCGUUCCAUGAACGUUGCCCUCGCUGCCGCCACCCAGUGGCUGUUCAACCUCAUCGUCGCCCGCACUGUCCCCAACAUGUUGGCCACCGUCGGUGCUCACGGUUACGGAACCUACCUCAUCUUCGGUAGCUUCUGUUUCUCCAUGUUCUUCUUCGUCUGGUUCUUCGUCCCCGAGACCAAGGGUAUCUCCCUCGAGCACAUGGACAAGCUCUUCGGCGUCACCGAGUACGACACCGACAAGGCCCUGGCUGUCGACAACGUCAGCGAGACCAAGGUUCCCGCCCAGGUCCAGGUCGAGUCGGCCGACAACAACAACCCGUACAACCACGUCCGCAAGGAGUCGGCUUAG